CUUUCAAUCAAUAACCUCUGGAAUUCAGAAAUACAAGUAGGUCCUGUCUGUGGCAGGCUGUACCACACUCGAGAAGGCGGGCUCCCAGGCGCACUAGACGAAAUCCUCUAUCUGCUUCAUUACUGCUUUCCCACAGGUCUGCCCCAGUUGGGAGUUGACCACCACAAUGGCUGACCACACGUCUCCAGAUUACUUCAGCUGCUCUCUGUGUCUCAACCUGCUGCGGGACCCUGUGGCUAUCCCCUGUGGGCACAGUUUUUGUAUGGACUGCAUCAGCGGCUACUGGAAUGAAGCAGACUACACAGGGAUUUACAUCUGUCCACAGUGUAAGAUCACAUUCACUCAGAGGCCUGUUCUGCGGCCCAACGCCACUCUGACCAUGGUGGCUGAGAAGAUCAAGAAGAGUGGACUCAACCUAAAUGUCAACUCUACACCGGCGAACGGUGUAGCAGGUCCAACUGAUGUCCCAUGUGAUUUUUGCUCUGGAAAGAAACUAAAGGCAGUGAAGUCCUGUUUGAACUGUCUGGCUUCUUACUGUGAGAAGCACCUGAAACCUCACUAUGAGUCUGCCACUUUCAAGAGGCACAAGCUGGUGGACGAGCUGGGGAAUCUGGACCGGAAGAUCUGCCCUCAGCACCAGAAGUCCCUGGAGCUGUUCUGCCGGACGGACCAAAUGUGCAUCUGUGCCCUGUGCACUGUCAGCGAGCACCGAGGCCAUGACAUAGUAUCAGCUGAGGCUGAGAGGGGAGAGAAACAGAAACUUUUGGGCAUCUCCCAAGCUGAGAUUAAGCAAAAAUGCCAGGAGCGAGUGAAGGAACUGGAAGAACUGAAGACUGCUGUAGAUUCUCUAAAAAACUCGGCGCAGAGGGCCAUGGUGGAAAGCCAGAAAAUGUUCGAGGACAUGAUUCGCUCGAUUGAGAGGAUGAGGUCAGAGGUCACCAAACUGAUCGGUAUCAACGAAAAGGCAGCGUUUAACCAGGCCGAGGCUUUGAUAGAGAGACUGGAGCAGGAGAUCGAUGAGCUCAAGAAGAAGGAAACUGGACUUAAGCAGCUUUACAGCACAGAGGACCACAUACACUUUCUACAGAAUUUCAACUACCUUUGCACCCCGACUGAUGAUGGCUUCAUACCAAGAGUGUCAGUAAACCCAGACUUCUCCUUUGGCACAGUCAGAAAGGCUGUGGCUGAGAUCAAGGAGCGUCUGGAGGAGUUUGGCAGAGAAGAGCUACUGAAGAUCUCUAAGUCAGUGAAUGAAGUCCCUGUCUACACCACAGAAAGCAGAACACUGGACAGAAGGAGCAGAGCCAAAGAAAUCAUAACAGUGGACAGCCUACCCAUAGCUCCAGAGCCCAAAAGCAGAGGAGACUUUAUAAAAUAUUUUUGCCAACUGAAACUGGAUCCAAACACUGCAUACAAAGAGCUACACAUCUCUGACAGCAGUAGAAAAGUAAUUCGCACUAGAGACCACCAGGCUUACGCAGACACCCCAGAGAGAUUUGACAGCUUUGCUCAAGUGCUAUGCAGAGAGGCCCUAUCCGGAGGCCGCUUCUACUGGGAGAUAGAGUGGAGCGGGGAGUUCUCCAUCGGCGUGGCCUACAAAUCCAUCAGCCGUAAAGGGAAAGGCUCACUGUGUCUCCUGGGAUACAAUGACAAGUCCUGGAGUCUGCUCUGCUCUGACUCGGGUUACUCUGCCUGGCACAACAGAGUGGACAAGGCAGUCAGUGGCCCUCAUUCUCCCAGGAUAGGUGUGUAUCUGGACCACACAGCCGGGGUACUGGCCUUCUACGCCAUUGGCAGCAGCAUGACCCUCCUGCACAGGUUUGAAGCCAACUUUGUGGAGCCAGUCUACCCAGGCUUUGGCGUUGGAACUUCUGUGAAGAUUUGUAGUGUCAAAUAAGAACUUAUACAUAUUUAAAUAUUAUAUCAGUUAUGCCAAAUGUGUUUAUACCAAUAUGACAACAGACAAUGCUAUAGAAAAGUAUUUUACUGAAACUGAACCAUCAUUCAUUUUUCAAAUUUUAUUUUAUUAUGUAUAUACCUGUAUACCGUUUUAACUUUGUCACUGUAUCUAAGUUUGUAUUUUCAAAUCACAUUUUCAGAACCAUAUUUAAGACACAUAAUAUAAAAUUGUAAUUAUCCUUAAGCAUUGGCUGACACCUGCCCUUUUGAUCAUAAAAAGGGUGUAGUAUGACCAGUCACUGUUUAUUCAAGUACUCUCAAGACUCAUCUGUUCCCACUGCAUUCCAAUUUAUAUUUACAGUGUAGCAGUUCAGAUGGUUUGAGUUUUUUUCCUACUUGAACUAACCAUUAUUUAAUUUGUUUACCUAUGAAGGCUUGCUUGUUUUGAAAUGUUUUGUAACAAAAAUUUUCAAAGUUCAAAAAUAAAGAAG